AUUCUCAAUCAUCCAGACCAUGAAAACCUCCAAACCAACCUCCACCUGGGUUAGAUCCCAUUGCAUAGGAAAGGGUUCAUUUGGAACUGUCAACUUAGCCCUUUCCCAACAACCGGACGCCAAAUUGUUCGCCGUCAAAUCCGUCCACCAAAAUUCCGGUCACCACCAGAUUCAAGCCUUGGAGAACGAAAUUCAAAUUCUCAGCUCCCUUUCCUCCCCUUGUAUCGUCGAUUACCUAGGAGAUGACGUGUCCAUUGAGUCAGACGGCUUCUCCUACAGAAAUUUACAUAUGGAGUAUUUACCCGCCGGCACCGUCGCCGACCUACCUGUUCUCUCCGGCGAAGAAACAGUUAAAUCGUACGCUUGGUGUAUAGUAUCCGCUUUGAGUUACAUACACUCUAAGGGUAUCAUCCACUGCGACGUCAAGGGGAAAAACGUUCUUCUCGGGACCACUCCCGGAACUGCCAAACUCGCCGACUUUGGGUCGGCCAUGUCACAAAACGACGAAAUAGGACCGGUUGAGGCGGAGGCGACACGGGGGAGCCCGCUUUGGAUGGCGCCGGAGGUUAUCCGAGGGGAAUAUCAAGGACCAGAAUCGGAUGUCUGGUCACUGGGCUGCACCGUGAUCGAGAUGAUGACUGGAAAACCAGCUUGGGAGGACCGUGGGUGGUGUCAUACCCUGUUUCAGAUCGGGUACUCUGAUAAUCUACCCGAAUGGCCAAGUGGGUUAUCGAAAAUCGCCGAGGAUUUUCUUGACAAAUGCCUCCGGCGGGAUAGGAAUGAGAGAUGGAGCUGUGAUAUGCUGCUCCGGCACCCUUUUAUCUCUUCAUCGGAGCCCUUCUUCAAAGUUAAUAAUACUCAUAUUCUUGAACGUUCAUCCCCUCGUUUAGUGCUGGAUUGGGCUUCCAUCGAGAGAGAGGAGGGUGAUGUGGAGUCAGCAAAGGUAAGAAUCCAAAAAUUGGCAACAAAAAUGGAGGUUAAUUGGGAAUCUGAUGGUUGGUCGGAGGUGAGAAACUUGGUCGGGGACGGUGACGGUGACGGGAAGACAGAGGUCCAAAUCCAAUAUUCAAAUUCUAGUAAUUCCGACCAAAAUAUAGAGUGUCGACAUGAUUCAGGUACAACACAACAAACAAAUGGACGGCGGCCUGAAGUUUACGCCACGAUGGGCGAGGAGAAUGGUGCUGGCUGCAAAAGUCAAUUAAUUAUGUUCUUCAUUAAGAACAAGUCAGAGCAGUUGACAUUUUCUUUAUUUCAUUUGUUGUGUGUUUUUUUCUACAUUAUCUUAUUACUACUAAUCCAGAAUCUCCAUCCAUUUGGGGCCAAGCGUUUGGAUGAGGAUUGA